ACUCCACCUAAUGGAAUGGAAAACAGCCAAAUAUCCGUUUCCCAAAAAUCAAAUCACGUGAGCACAGUACUGCUUUACGGUAUACCCAUUGUGUCAUUGUACAUUGAGGGGCAGGAGCGUCUGUGCCUAGCUCAAAUCUCCAAUACUCUCCUAAAACAAUUCAGCUACAAUGAGAUUCACAAUCGACGUGUGGCUCUGGGAAUAACCUGCGUUCAGUGCACACCCGUCCAGUUGGAGAUACUGCGAAGAGCCGGAGCAAUGCCAGUCAGUUCGCGACGCUGCGGCAUGAUAACGCGCCGCGAGGCUGAGCGGCUGUGCAAGAGUUUUUUGGGGGAUAAUACGCCGCCGCGGUUGCCAGACGAUUUCGCGUUUAAUGUGCAGCAUAAGUGCGCGUGGGGCUGUCGCGGCUCAUUUUUGCCUUCCCGCUACAAUUCGUCGCGUGCCAAAUGUAUCAAGUGCAGCUAUUGCGGCAUGUUCUUCUCGCCCAACAAAUUCAUAUUUCAUUCGCAUCGCAUUACAACCAACGACAGGUAUAUACAGCCCGAUGCGGCCAAUUUCAAUUCGUGGCGACGCCACAUGACGCUCAGUGGCCACGGCCAGGACGAGGAAAUCACCCAUGCUUGGGAGGAUGUCAAGGCGAUGUUCAAUGGCGGCACCAGAAAGCGGCUAGUCAGCUGCAAUGGCAAUAAUAAUGGCAACAAUCGAAAUCGCAGCACGACAAGCAGCACAUCAUUAGCGACAUUAUCGAAAACAAGUGCAGUUAUCGAUAACACGUGCGAUUCGCCAUUAAUCAAUUGUGAAAGUCAGACAAAAGCGAUAUCACCGCCAUGUUUAAAGCGCACAGCACUCGAUCAUCCAUACAAUUAUAGCACGGUGACAGCCGCGGCUGCCGUGGUUGGAGUCACCGCAGUGGCUGCUACCGUCGGGGUGCCGUUCAACUUGCACCGGUCGGCGGUGAUAUCGCCAUUGCAAUCACUGCGUAACGAGCACGAUUUGUCAAUAAUGCCGCUUUCCCGUAAUUUUGUCGUUGACUACACCAUGUGGCAGCAACAGAAUAAUCAGCAUACAAAAAAACUCAAUGCUAACGAAACGAUAAACUCAUUUGAAACGUGUCCAACGCCAUGGGGCAGGCCGGAAAUUACUGUAUCAGCAACAGCAGCAGGUGAAAACUCAAUUCGGCUGAUCGAGCAUAAUCCAUUUAAUAUAAUCAAAAACGAACCCAACUCUGCGUCCAUUUGUGGCGUGCCAAAGAGUCGAAAGUUACCCGAUGGAGAUCGUACUGAUUUUAAUAUGCCAUCGCUGCUAAAUUCUUCUGCAUUUAAGCCUGUUGUCGCCUCGGCAGCGAUUGUGUCCACGUCGUUGUAUGCAACGCGCUCGAAUUAUUCGAAUAACAACAUCUACAUAAGUCCGGCACAGCCGACGAGAACAACCACAGUUUUUACCCACAACAGCAUUACGACAGCCGAAUCCCAUGGAGCAAUAUUCAAUUCAGCAUCGAGUGCAUUUCCACCGAUCUUGGACUCCAUCCAAUUGUGCACAGAAAACGAGGAAUCCGAGUCGACGCCAGCAGAUGCUAAUAAUCCACAAUCAGUGAAUUUAGUAAUCGCUGAUAAUUCGGACAAAUCACCUUCGUCAGACCAAAUUUAUAUUAAUUCGAAUAUUUGCCGAAAUACCGAUGAAGAUGAUCAGGAUAACGACGACGAUGACGAAGUGGUCGACAUUGAAACGACCGAGGAUGAUGUCCAAACAAUGAAUGCUUCUCUCAACAUGUGUCCCCCCCACUCGCCAACUGAUGGGGAUUUAUCCUCGCGCAGUGCAAGCCAUUCCCAUUCCGCGAGUCCCAACGAUGAUGUUGAUGUCGAUGGUUUUACAACGGAUACCGAAGAUCAAUUUGAUGUAAAGUCAAACAUUUGCUCAUACGACAUCAACAUCACCCGCUCAAACUUUAAGAUUUACAACAAUGAAAAGGAGAAGAUAUCGACAACGGAGGAGGAACUGCUUCAAAAUUACAAAAAGAAAAAUUGUGCGGACAUGAAUGGAUUAAAAAGGUUGUCCCGUCGCAGGUGCUCAAAUCAACAUAAACAUCGUCAAUUCUUAAAAAAGGACGGAUCCAAGCUGGAAAAGGAUUCAUUUUUCUCUGCCCAACCCAGCUUACAUAUUCAGCAACGAGUCUCAUUUCCAGUAUUUUUAAAGGCUCAUCUUAACUCAUUUCGGCAGCGCCAACACCGACAACCCAGUCCCAGUACACCUAGACAGCUAUAUUGCUAUGAUACGUCACAAAGAACUAGUGAGAAUAGCGUUGACUAAAUAAAUAUUCUUAUAACAUAUAGAUUUAAGUUAUUUGUCAAGUUGCAAAUAACACUUAUAUUCCGGUAUUGAAAUUCACGGUUCAAUAAAUUGACUAAACCAGAA